UCGAAAUCGAGCGAAAGAACGACUCUUCACUGGGUAAUUAACAUCGACAGCAAUAAUUCAAAUAGAACUUAACCACGCUCUGACCAGCGUGCGAAUCAAAUCGGUGCUGAAACGUAGGAACAGGUACAGGUCAGAAUAUGGACUACUUUCAACUUCUUCUCGCAUUUGUUGCCAUAUCCCUGGCGAUCUAUUAUUAUUAUCAAUCGAAGUAUGACUUUUGGAAGAGUCGCGGCAUACCCGGGCCAAAACCGUACAUGUUCAUCGGCAACUUCAUAGACGUACUUACUAAAAAACGCGCGAUAUGCACGAUUGUGAAAGACCUGUACGACGAAUUUAAGAAUGAACCGGUCUUUGGAAUAUACGAGGGGACUACGCCGGUUCUCGUCAUUAACGACUUAGCUGCGAUCAAGGACGUCCUCAUCAGAGACUUUUCCGUAUUCGUCGACCGAGGAUUCCACGUAUUUACAGAGGCAGACCCGUUGUCGCAGCAUCUAUUUCUGCUAGAACCCGAGAGAUGGCGACCGCUGAGGGUCAAACUGUCGCCAAUAUUCACAUCCGGCAAGCUGAAAGAGAUGUUCCCGCUUGUGAUGGAGUGCGCGGGAAAUUUGGAAAAAUAUCUGGACAAAAUAACGGAGAACGAAGUGCCGGUAGAAUGCCGCGACUUGGUUGCGAAAUUCACGAUCGACGUGAUCGGUAGCUGCGUGUUCGGCAUCAGCGCGCACGCUCUCGAAGACGAGAACAGCGAGUUUCGAAAAAUGGGCAAAAGGAUCAAUACGCCAAGUACGAAACAGAGGAUUCGCGAGACCAUUAUGCAGUUCAUGCCGUCGGUGUAUGAGAUGAUCGGCCAUUUCUUGCAAAUGAAGGACAUAGACGCGUUUUUCAUAAAUCUGGUACGCGGCACGAUAAGAUACAGAAAGGAGAAUAACGUGACUAGGCCGGACUUCAUUCACAUGUUGAUGGAAUUGAAAGAACACCCGGAGAAGGUAGAUAGUAUUGAAUUAACCGACACUUUGCUCACCGCGCAAGCAUUUGUCUUUUUCGUUGCUGGAUUUGAAACCUCUUCGUCGACGAUGGCGCACACGCUUUACGAAUUAGCGCAAAACCACGAAAUACAAGAUAAAUUGCGACAAGAAAUUCGAGAUGUGUACAGCAAGAAUGAUGGAAAUCUGACGUACGCAGAUGUCAAAGGAAUGAGUUACUUGGACAAAGUGUUUAAAGAAACGUUAAGAAAAUACCCGAUAUUGCCCAUGUUGAACAGAAGAGCAAUAGAUAAUUACACGUUCAGAAACAUGAAAAUUACUAUACCGAAAGGAACAAAAAUAUGGGUACCAGUGUACGGGAUUCAACACGAUCCGAAUAUUUAUCCGGAUCCUGAGAUAUUCGAUCCGGAGAGAUUCAACGACGAUGCUGUUGCUGCUAGACAUCUUAUGAGCUUCCUACCUUUCGGCGACGGGCCGAGGAAUUGCAUUGGGGCUCGGUUCGCGCAUUACCAAAGCAAGGUUGGUCUCGCAACGAUUCUCCGCAAUUACAAAGUCGACGUUUGUGAGAAAACCAUGAUCCCGUAUGAAGUAAAUAAAUUUUCUUUUCUUAUGCAGCCUAAUGGAGGAAUAAAUUUAAAAUUAACUAAAGCACAUUAAAACUCAAUUCCCGCUGGACUAAGAUGCACAAAAUAUCAAAUGCAAGAAGAGUUUUCGUCCAGGCAGAUUUCAGAAUUAAAGCAGCAAGUUUUGAACAUUCUUUUCUAUUCCAAAAUAUGCUUUGA